UUUCACCAGCUCGAGAGCGUGUGACGUCGGUGGACGAGUUUGUCACGUGACGGUUUGUUGACAUCUGAGUCGCUCCGACAAGAUGGCGGCCCGCUGGAGCAGCGAGAAUGUGGUGCUGGAGUUUCGAGACGCGCAGGCGACCACCAUGUCCGUGGACUGCCUGGGCUCGCACGCCGUCCUUUCUGGCCGGCGUUUCCUGUACGUGGCCAACCUGGAGGCGCCGUCGGAGCUGGCCCGGAAGAUGUCCCGCCAGAGCAAGUGGGACGUGGGCACCGUCCAGUGGAACCCUCACCGCUCUCAGGCGCACAUCUUUGCCGCCUCGGUGCGUUGGCGCCGAACGCCCAACGCCGCCCCGAGCCCGACGUGGCUUUCAACCCCCCCCCCCCCCCACCCCCCCCCCCCCGUGUGUGUGUGUGUAUGCCGUUUCCAGAGCAACCAGCGCGUUGAUUUGUACUCGUGGAAGGACGGCGGAGGAAGCGUCCACACGUCGCUGCAAGGACACACGCGAGUCAUCAGCGACCUUGACUGGUCGAGCUUUGAAGCCGAGUUCCUGGUCAGCAGCUCGGUGGACACGUACAUGUACAUCUGGGACAUCAGAGACGCGCGCAAACCCGCCGUGGCGCUGUCCGCCGUCGCCGGCGCGUCGCAGGUCAAGUGGAACCGCAGGAACGGCAACGUGCUGGCGUCCAGUCACGACGGCGACGUGCGCAUCUGGGACAGACGGAAACCCAACGCGGCCUGCGAAUACGUGGCGGCGCACCUGUCCAAGAUCCACGGGCUGGACUGGCACCCGGAGCACGAGUUCCUCCUGGCCACCAGCAGCCAGGACAACUCCGUCAGGUUUUGGGACUACCGGCAGCCCAGGAAGUACCUGAACAUCCUGUCCUGUCAGGUUCCCGUGUGGAAGGCCCGAUACACGCCCUUCUCCAACGGGCUGGUGACGGUGAUGGUUCCGCAGCUGCGGCGCGACAACAGUCUCCUCCUGUGGUCCACGCUGGACCUGAACAGCCCGGUGCACGCCUUCGUGGGACACGACGACGUGGUGCUGGAGUUCCAGUGGAGGCCGCGCAAGGAAGGUCAGGGUUGCAAAGACUUCCAGCUGGUGACCUGGUCCAGAGAUCAGACGCUGAGGAUCUGGAGGCUGGACCCGCAGCUCCAGAAGCUGUGCGUCAGCGACCCGGCCGACCAGCCGACGGACGGCGCGUCCGCCAUCGCAGAGACGGACAAGUCGCCCGCCGCCGCCGAUUCGGAGGGACGACGCGCCAGAGUCGCCGUCGGGCCUCAUCCGCACGAUCGCGACGGCAUCUCCCGCGCGGGCGGCGGGCAGGACUCGGCGGCGGCGUCUUCCGGACUGGCUCAGACGCUCCAGCAGGAAUUCUCUCUGGUCAACCUGCAGAUCCGCAACGUCAACGUGGAGAUGGACGCUCUCAACUGCAGCUGCGUGGUGUCGGCUCACUUCGGGACUCAUCGGGUCCGCCUGCUCAUGAAGUUCCCGGGACAGUACCCCAACAACAGCGCCCCCACCUUCCAGUUCAUCUCCCCGACCAGCAUCUCCGCCGCCAUGAAGACCAAGAUCCACAAAAUCCUGACCGACGUGUCCCUCCAGAAGGUGAAGAGGAACCAGAACUGCCUGGAACCUUGCGUCCGGAAGCUGGUGUCCUGUCUGGAGUCAGACGCGGAAGACGGCCCGUCCUCGGGACCUUUUGUGCUGUCCAAUCCCGUGGCUCCGACGCUGCAGGCCUUCCCGCGGGUGGUCAACACCUACGGCUCCUACCAGGACGCCAACAUUCCCUUCCCGCGCACGUCGGGGGCCCGCUUCUGCGGCACCGGCUGCCUGGUUUACUUCACCCGGCCCGUCAGCAUGCACCGCGUGGCCCCGCCCACCGAGCCCACGCCCAGGUCGCUGUCGGCUCUGUCGGCCUACCACAGCGGCGUGCUGACGCCCAUGAAGAUUCGCUCCGAGUCUCAGAACGCGCUGCGACUUUACAGCGGCAGCCCCACCCGGGCCGACAAAGACACCGUGUCCAUCUCCUCCUUCUACUACAAGGAACGGAAAUCGCGGCGCUUCAAGAGCAAGAGGGACGUCGGCGACGGGCGCUCCGUCAAGUUGGCGGGGAAGGUCAUCGUCCAGGAAAUCUCCUGCCUGCUUCCCGUCCACAAAGUUCUGGGAGAGAAUUACAUCCUGAACGCGCGCGACACCAAGGACACGUGUCAGAAGAACGCCGCCGCCGCGCUGGCCGCCGGCCGCCGAGACGUGGCCAAGGUCUGGGCCCUGGCCUCGGCGGCCAGCGGGCGGGGCCUGAGUCCCGACCCGGACCCGGACGGCGAGGCGCCGUGGGCCACUCAUCCGUUUGGACGCAACCUGCUGGAGACGCUCGUGGAGCACUACAGUCGCAUGAGCGACGUGCAGACGCUCGCCAUGCUGUGCAGCGUCUUCACCGAGUCGGGCCCCGAGCGCCCGCACGCCGCGCCGCAGGCCCACCCGCCGCGCCACCCCGGCCCGAGCGAGCCCGCGGCGACCUUUGCGUGCCGGGACGCCCUCCCGGAACAGGCCGGCGCCAACGGCGAGUCCCCCGAAGACGCCCGCCACGCCAACCGGGGACACGCCGACCUGCGGGAGCGCGAGCGGCACGACAUGAACAAAAGACUUUUGGACCCGACCGGCACGCCGCGGUUCGACGACUUCAAGAAAUGCUACGCGGAAAUCCUGUACCGCUGGGACCUCCGAGACAAGCGGGCCGACGUGCUCAAGUUCGCUUCCCGCCCGGCCGAGCCGCAGCAAGGCGUGGAGUUGCGCGUGUUGUGCUGCCACUGCGGGAGUCCCAGCCACGGCACUCAGUGCGCGGCGUGCAGGCGUCUCAGCUUCCGCUGCGUGGUGUGUCACGUGUCGGUGCGAGGCUCCUCCCACUUUUGCCUCAGCUGCGGCCACGGCGGCCACACGGCUCACAUGAUGGACUGGUUCCGGCGGCAGGAGCAGUGCCCGGCCGGCUGCGGGUGCCGCUGUCUGCGGCGGAGCAACUUCUGAAGGCCUCGCCGGACGACGACGUCCGAGUCGCCGCGCUCUUCGGCCCGCGAACGGGAAAGGUCGGCAGGAAAGGUCGGCGCGCUUUUGCAAUAAAAGCUUGAUUGAUUG